CAAAGUACGCACACAGGCAGCGUGGUGACACGACGUGAUUGGCUGGCCUCGCACAGGGAGGCUGAAUUGCGCAGCAGCAGCAGCGGCUGCAGCAGUAGCGGAGUGUUUCGCAGCUGCGCUCGAGUCUGAAGAGUUACAGGCGCAACUCUCUCCGGAGCCUUCACGCAGCACCCAUAAACUUGUUUAAAAAAAGUCAAGUUUCUUAUCAAAGUGGACUAUACGGUGUAUGACGCUCUCUCUCUGUGUGUGUGUGUGUGUGUGUGUGUGUGUGUGUGUGUGCGAAAGUAUUGCAGACUCUUUGAAACUCGAUCGGUCCAAAUCAUCCUCCAGGUGCCAUCCUCUGGUUCAGCAUCAUGUCAACCACGAAGAGCCCUGAGUCGGCUGACUCCUGUCAGCCAUCCUCCUCCUCCUCCUCCUCUUCUUCUUCUUCUUCUUCCUCCUCCUCGGUGGAGAGCAGCCGAUUCCUGGAGUCCGGUUCGGACCCGGGGCUGGUCCCCAUGGCUCGGCCCUCGCUGCUGGCACGACGCCUGGUGCGUUUACGAGCAUGUCGAAGUCACCUGAGUCCCGUCAGACGCCGCAAGAGGGAGAUGAUCCCCGCCGAUAAGAAAGAUGCCACCUACUGGGAUAAGAGGCGCAAGAACAACGAGGCGGCCAAGCGGUCCCGGGAGAAGCGGAGGAUCAAUGACCUGCUGAUGGAGGGCCAGCUGCUGGCCCUGAGUGAGGAGAACGCCCAGCUGAGGUCUCAGGUCCUCAACCUGCAGUACCACACUAACCUGAGUUUGGAACAAGGCAAAGCUGUCCCUUCCUGUGGAGCAUCCUCUACAUCCGUGCUGGCUUCCACUCUGUCUUUAUCUCCGCGCACUCCUGCUUUUCUACAGGCGGGACUCUGGCGCAGUGGUGGCAGCAGCUCAGCUGCUGUUUCUAGUCUGAGGCAACAAGAAACAGUAGUGCACUCCUUAGAGGGCAAGAUUCCUUGUUUUAGCCCCGUUUUUAACCCACUAAGUCAUCAUUACUUUGUCACACAAGGCCCCUUGCCUCUGCCAGGCGCCAGAGUCGUCUCCCAUGGAGGAGCUGCGGGGGUCUGCAGGCCAGCAGAGAGGGACGUCGAUGCCCAGCGACAGGUCUCCCCCAGCAGCAACGACAUCUCAAUUUCUACCGACGCUCCUCCCCAGCCACUCUUUGCAUCGCUUCUGCCCCCUUUCGACCCACUCCACCAUGCCCCCACCGUCCCAUAUCAGCACCAGAACUGGGUAAUACCCCAUCUCAAUCACCCGGCGAUGUGGCGCUCCUCAUACCUGCAGAGACCCAGCGUCUACCCCGGCAGGCCCGUUCACAUACACGGGAGACAGGGCCAGAGCGUCGGCGUGGAGGACCACCUCCAGAAGGGAUUCAUGAGCCGACUCAACACGGAGCAAUGAGAAACACUCAGGAUGCUGCAGUAAGAGUGGACACCUGCAGCUACAACUUGACAAAAAAAAAAAAAACUGAUUCAAAAGUGACAAAGACAACUGGCAUGAAUAUUUUCCGGUUUCCGGUGCACAUAUUCCUGUACGGGAUACUGUACUUGGUGGACAUUUAAAGAUUUAGUGUUUCUCUAAGAUAAAACACAUUAGCUCUGAUUUUUUGAGGUUUCACCAAUUUAUGUUACCCGUUGCGCUCCUGUUCUGGUGCUAAUCAAUUUCACACAACCGAUUUAUAACAUUAAUUAAAAAAUAAAUAUGAGGUAUUCUGGUCUUUUUUGGUUGAAUUAAAAAAAAAAACAUUCUCGCUUCAUUUGCUUGUAGAGGGGUUAUUUGAUUUAUUUACAUUUCAUUUUAUUCUAUUUACCCUUUUACCUGUGGUGAGAAAAAAAAAAACAAACGUCGCUAUAUUGCGCCAGCGAAACUGGAUGCUUGUUGGUGUUCCCCUUCAUCCCCACAGCGUGUUUCCCCCGCACGAUUUGAUUCACUGGAAAACCAAACCCUCAACCGUUCAGCCCAGCAGUUUAACGAUAAAACCUUCCACCCCUGGGUAAUAACUUUCCUCAUGUAAGCAGGGAAACGCAAUUAAGCCAUCAAAAACUGAGAUAUUGUAGUAACUAGUGAGAGAGAGAAAAAAAGUGACAACAAUGAAAAAAACAAAAACAAAAUUAAAACAAAAAUGAAAAGAAAAAAAGGAAGUAACGUCUUUUCUUCCCAAUUUUAACAUGAUCAUGUUGAAUUUUAAUAUGAACAUCAGUCUAAUUUGAAAUAAACUCUCCUUCCUCUUGAUUAAGUUUGGAUUUUGUGUUUGGAUCACUGUCGUAUGGCAUUGGCAAGAAGUAGUUUAUUCAAGUGUACUUAUACAAGUAAGCUUAAUUUAUACCAAAAACGAGGUUGUCUACUUGAAGUUUGCUUUCAUAAAUUAUAUUUUAUUUACUUAAGAAUACUUGGCUACUUAAAAGCACGGAAGUCUAAGACUUACCUUG